AUGAAAACAAACGCUGGCGAGGCGGGAGACACUGUGUCGUCCGAAUCACAAGAUGAGAAAAAUCUGAUUCAAACUAAUGUGCAAAACAUGGGGUUCGCAGAAGCCGAUAUUGGGGCGGAAGCCGUGCUUUCGACCAUCAUGUCUCCUCAUGGAAAGGUCGUGGAAAUCACUGGUGAUUUUGAUGAUGCCAUGAAGCUUGCCUUCGAAGCUAAAGAUAUAGAACUAACCCCAGAAGAGGAUAAGAAACUAGUCCGUAAAAUCGACCUUUGUUUGUUUCCCCUAAUGUCAAUCCUUUACGCCGUGCAAUUCAUGGACAAAACCACAAACAGUAACGCGGCCAUCAUGGGCCUCUUAAAGGAUCUAAAAAUGACCGGGAAUCAAUACACAUGGGUUGGUUCCUCUUUUUACUUUGGAUAUCUGUUGGGUCUAUUCAUCCUGCCACCUUUACUGCAGAAAACCAAAUACUUCAUGAAACUCCUUUGUGCUAUUAUUGUGGUGUGGGGAAUGGUUUUGGCGUUGCACUCUGCACCAACCGUCAAUUAUGCGUCCUUCAUCUUCCUGAGAUGUUUGUUAGGAUUUUUUGAGAGCGCAGUCACACCUGCCUUUACCAUUAUUACCGCCCAGUAUUGGAAGAAAGAGGAACAGUUUCUGAGAAUCUGCAUUUGGUUUGGAUUCAAUGGUUUAGGAGGCAUUUGGGGCUCGGGUAUGGCUUACGGUCUUUAUACUCGUUCUGAUUCCUACUCGAUUCCCGCCUGGAAGAUUGUUUUUAUCACCACUGGAUGUAUCACGAUUUUUGUGGGUAUGCUAAUGGCGGCCCAUCUUCCCGAUUCGCCCCAGAACGCUUGGUUUUUAACAAAGCGGGAAAAACUUUUACUUGUUCAAAGAAUCAGAGGUAAUCAGCAGGGGUUUGGGAAUCAUAACAUCAAAAAGCACCAAAUUAUUGAAGCACUCAAGGAUCCUCGAACUUGGCUUUACUUCCUAUACUCAGUGGCGGCUGAUAUUCCUAAUGGUGGACUAACCAAUUUUCAAUCCAUACUCAUCAAAGGAGAUUUUGGAUUUACAACAGAUAAGUCUUUAUUGGUUGCAAUGGGAAUGGCAGCAGUAGAAUGGGUUGGUCUGCCUGUUUUCGGCUUUGCCUCAUAUUAUUGCUCCAAAAAGAAGAUUAAAUAUUUGGAGGAUAGGUUAGUUUGGUCGAUGAUCAGCACGAGUUUGGUUCUCAUUGCUUGUUGUAUGCUGGCUUAUGCCGAUAAGGAUAGACAUGCGCGGUUAGGUGGGCUGAUGCUGACCUACAUAGCGCCUGUGGCUUUUAUUUGCGUACUCGCGAAUAUUUCGGCUAACACACUUGGCUACACGAAGAAAUGGACUGUUUCUUCAAUUAACUUGUUGGCUUAUGCAGCUGCGAACAUUGCUGGCCCUCAUACUUUUAUUGCCAGCCAAGCACCUCAUUAUGCCGGAGCGAAGACUGCGCUGGUUGUUUGCUAUGCUUGUGCCAUAGUCAUUCUCUUGGCGCUAUACAUCAUAAACAUCCGGGAAAAUAAAAGGAGGGAUAAACUGCAAGCUGCAGGCCAGGUUGCUGAAAUCGAAAAUAUGGAAUUUGCGGAUCUUACAGAUUUCGAAAAUCCUUAUUUCAGAUACACUCUAUAG